AUGUCCCGACAUAAGCCUACACGAUCGAGUGUCACGGCAGCGGCGGCAGACCCCCCCACGGGCAGAUCCGGGAUCUCUGAUCCGGGCAAAGAAAAGUCUGGUAGCGCGGAGAGUGGUGGUGAGGGCGGGGAGGUAGCUGGUGUGACUGUAUCGAAAGAGGCGCCGGCUGAUGUCGUGAAGGACAUUUUUAACGACGGGAUCCCAGAUGAGCUGUCGGACGAGUUCUUCGAGGCAGCGAGUGCGACUAUAUCGGAUGAGGAACUAGACAAUGUGAUGUUAAUGAGGGAUCUGACUGGCGUUCCGGGCUUGCCGCCGUUAGAAGAACUCCUAGCUGACGACGACGAGGCGAAGGCGCGCGCAGCGCGGCGGGAGGCGGAAAAGGAGAAGCAGGCAGAGAUUGCGCGGCGGAGAGUGGCUUGCGUGGACGCGCUGGGGCGCGCGUACGGCACGGGGAGGCGGAAGACGAGCGUUGCGCGCGUGUGGCUGCAGAAGGGGAGCGGCGGGGUGGUGGUGAACGGGCAGCCGUUGGAUGUGUACUUUCCCGAUCUGGCGCAGCGCGCGGCGAUGCUGGAGCCGUUCGUGGAAACGGGCACGACCGGGGUGUUUGACGUGAAGGCUACCGUGAAAGGCGGAGGCGUGUCAGGUCAAGCCGGUGCCAUGCGGCACGGCAUCAGCCGAGCGCUGCAGCAGUUCGAUCCCACAUACCGCCCGGCCCUCAAGUCAGCCCCAACCACGCCGCAAGCAAUGGCGACCACGAUCUUGGCCAAAGAGGCGACGCCCGCGGCAGUGGCGGCGAUUCAGGAGAACUUCAGCGGCGCCGUGGGGGAGGCGGAGUUUAUCGACACCGUCGCGGAGAAACUGCGGGAGCACGGCUUCAAUAGGGACAACUGCAUCGCGCUGGUGAGCACGUGUCGCGACGAGGCGUCGCGGUUCUUCGACGCGCUCGUCGACAAGCACUUCGGGCUCGUCUUCUCGCUCGGCGGCCUCGCCGGCGUGCCGCCCGGCGGCUUGCUCGCCGUGAAGGCCGGCACGUCGCACAGCCCGCAGGACGAAAAUGGCCGCGAACGAUACGUGUUCUUCGGCUUCACGCACAUUGGCGUGGACGAGCGCGGCACGGUGGGCAAGAUGCGCCGGGGCGGGCGCGCGAACGUGUCGGGCGCGUGCGGCGCGCUGGCGGCGCUGACGGCGCAGUUCAGCAGCGGGGCGGCGCUGGGGGAGGCGGACGAGGAGGACAUGGAGGUGUUCCUGCUUUCCAAGAAGCUGCGCGCUAAGGACCCUGAGCCCAACCUUGUAGCCGUCACCAAGGCGGCAGUCGAAGUGAUCAACGAGACCCUUGAGAAGCUCAUUGCCACGGCCGUGGACACAUCUAAAGCGGACUAUGCAGUGAUCACAGGCGUGCAGAUCCACUCCAACUGCCACCACGGGGCGGGGGCAGGCGAGGGAGAGGAGGGGAAGCAGGCAGCAGGCGGGAAGUUCCAGCUGAGUGAGACGGUGGAGUAUAUUGCACCGUCGCUGGGUUAUGUGGUGGUGCAGGGGGAGAAGACGCCGCUGCGGUUGAAUAAGGAGGGCUGGAUGAGCUUUUUCUGGGGGUAA